GGUGUAUAGGCCAUGCUUGCUAUAUUGACAAGGGCGUUAGUGAGCUGAUGGGAUGUUUUAGUUUAUUGGCGUGAUGUAGAAUUUUUCUUCUCAAUUUAGAUUCCACUAUUCUUAAUGCAGAUUGGAUUUCUGUUAGAAAACCUUGUGGUACUUUUAUACUUUGAUUUAUCGUAAUGGUUAAAGUUUAAUGUGAAGUUGCAGUAGGUAAAAGUUAGCUUGGGUGGUCGUGUCAUCGUACUUUAUUACAUAAAUUACAGAGUUUACGUGUGGGUUAAAAGGAGCGCUGGCUCAAGGAAUUACAAUUUUCACAAUAGGAAAAGCUAUAUGAAACGUGUUUAUGCUGUCGUGUGAUCAGGGUACGUUAGCUGGCAGCUAAUAGUCAUAUCACGCAUAGUUUUCUGUUUAGUACCCAUGCAUACAUAAACACGUUAUAGGCUGGAUCACUGAGUUUCAAGGGGGAUAUAACAUUAUGAGGCAGGCUGAUCAAAGACAGGAACCUGCAGCUUACGAACGGUUUGUGUACAAAAACGCCUCCGAAUACCACUACAUGAAGAUAUCUCUAAUAUUUGAAAAAGAAGGGAAGAGACUUGAAGCGGCUUUUUUCAAGCAAUUGAUAAUCUCCGCCCUCCGUGACCUCUACGGCGAGGUUGGUGCUGCCUUUCCAUUUGAUGUUUUGAAGUUCGACGAGGCAUCGUUGACGGCAAUCCUAAGAGUUUACAACAGUGGAUUGGUGAAGUUGUGGAGUGCCCUGACAUUACUGGGGUCAUACCAUAAUGAGCCUUGCGCUGUCAGAGUUACUCAGGUUUCCCCAUUUUUGCUGGCUUUGUCAGGAAACAGUAGAGAGCUGGUGUUGAAUUAAAGUGCCAUACUCACUAAACUGAUCCAAGAUGAUGCCUCUCAUGUUUAGGGUCAUACGCGGGCAUUUUAGUCACAUUAACUGC